CUAGCUAAUCUGUAUUUCUUAACAGCAGAUACAAACCUGCUUUUGAGAACUAAGAUGAUUCUACUUUAACGUUUAACGUUUAACAUUGUUAUUUAAAAUUUUACUUUACGAUAAUAUUCAAACUUAAACAGGCUGUGGCGUUGACUCUCAGAUAUCUGCCAUCUAAGGGGUUAUUCUCAAAGAGCGUCUUCAUUACUGAAGGUCGGCGGUCAGCUUUAUAGACUUUUCUUUGUCAAUGGCUAGGCGGAAAAGUUCUUCAACUGUCUUCAAGCCAGUCCACUGUAUGUUUUAUAGCCAGGACUUCUUCCAUCUUCAUACUCCUCUUUUGCCUGCAAUCUUGCCCAUCAUAAUAGUUUGAAGAAAACGGUAUAUGUCGCGACGCAUUAUAUCGUAUCAAAGGGGUAACCAUUAUUUUUAUUAAAUACAGAGACAAUAUAGAUAAUUAAUUCAUUGUCAUUCACUGUACUAGAGUUACAAGAAUUUUAAAUUGCCAUUCACUAUACUAGAGUUACCCGCAGUUACAUUUUAACAACGCAUUCGGACUUGACACUGAAAUAUUAAGCGUGUUUUUAUAACCGCAUCGUGUUCGGUGUACAGUAUUAGGUAGUCAUGUUACGUAAGCCGAGAAUGGAAGUAGAAGACUUUAUUAACACGUCCACUCGCCUGACUAUCGUCAUUACCGUUGUGUUAUUACGUCGAACGGACAGACACGCAAACUACAUUGGUCUUUUCAACGGCAGACCUUUGUCUUGGAAUAAUGCUUUAACCACCUUCCCCGUCAACUCAGCCGUGGGUUUUGUUAUCACAAACAUUUCCCUGGGCGAUGGUAACUUACCGGGUGGCUGGCAAAGCAGCAGCGGUCUCAAAGGCCCACAUUGUCUAUGGCCCUGGGUUGGUGCUGGAAACAGCUUUAUACAAUCCUUCAAUUGCCUAAAGAUUCAACCGACUUGGAUGGAAGAUAACGCGAGCCAAAUCAACAAACUGCGUAUAGGCGAUUUAGCCAUACCAGGCACCCACAACGCUGGCGCGUGGAGGUUUGAUACAGAGGUCAGCACGGUGGAGCGAGACAGCUUCGUGCUGUGCCAAGAUCGCUCCAUCUGGGCCCAACUGGUCUACGGCAUCAGAUAUUUUGACUUCCGUAUUGCGUACUACGACUUUUACAGCCGAGAAGAGGACAGAUACUGGCUGAAUCACAAUCUAAUUCGUGUCCGUCCCUUAGUGCCACUAUUGAGAGAAAUACGAGCAUUCCUAGAUAGUACUAGAGAGGUUAUAUUCCUCGACGCCCAUCACUUCCCUGUCGGCUUCUACCAUCAAAACGGCGCACCGAUUCAACACGUCCACCGCGGCUUGAUCAAUAUGAUCCAGAGAGAGUUGGGACCCCACAUAGCGUCUGCGAUACAAUUCGCUACUAAUCCUGGGACAAGAGGACCUACACUGCAGGCCCUUUUAAACGCCAAUAGACGACUGCUCUUCAGUUAUGUCGACAAUAGUAUCGUUGCUGGGAAUAGAUGGCUGUGGCCGAUUUUACCUCAUCUCUGGGCAAACACCAAUAGCCCUACAGAACUCUUCCGUUUCCUGGACACCAUGAUCGACCGAUCACCGCUGCCUACUGCUCGUUCGCCUUUAUUCUCAGCCAUGGCACAAACAACUCCAACAGUUUUAGACAUCCUACUUGUUAGAGGCUCACUGAGAGAAAACGCCGAUGCUGUGAAUAGGAAUGUCACAGCCCGCCUUAAAACUCGUUGGCGGAAUAACGCCAACAUUGUUUCUACGGACUUCUUCCUUGGAAGCGAUGUCACGGACGUCUCGAUAGCGCUCAGCGUGGAAAGAUCCAAUCGGUUAUGACGAAACAGCGGAAUACGUUUCCGAAGUGGCGGAAUAGUUGUUAAGUCUCAUCGCGCUCAACUGCAGUUCUAUGGUCGUCGCUCUUCAGGACUUCCACUUACAAAGUACCACCGAAACCGUUCUAAAAAGCUUUGAUGAUUCCAUACAAAUUGAGGAAUUUAUUGUCACUGAUCGGACACUCUCGGUACAUGCUUUAACACUGCCUGAUGUUUUAAUGUAAGAUAUUCCGGCUAUAACAAUGUAGUGAGAUAAAUUAUAAAUACACCCUAAUAGGGAUGAUGACAGUUUUUUAAAUUGUAUAUAAAUUAAGAGUAAAGCAAUUUUGUAAAAGGAACUAAUAGUAAAGCAAUUUUGUAAAAGGAACAGGGUAUCUGAGAUCAUUACUUUCGGAGCUACAGGGAUUUAAAGAGUCAGAUUUGCGGCGCUGCCGCGGAUCCCUGAAAAACGCCCCGUACAAAAUGGCUCGAAAAAAUGACGUCAUAGGCAAUGUAAUGAUCGUUAGAUUUGUAUGCGAGUUCAAACAAAAUUACUAAUAUCUUUGUUAUUUGUGCGUUUAUCUUUACAGUUCAUAUAUUAAAAAAUGUCAUAUUUAAUGUAAGGAAGCUAAAACUGUAUAAAUUUUCAUCUAAUUACGAUAAAAAAAAUUUAAUAGUUUUUGAAAUUUUAUAAUCUCAUUUAUUUUGCAAAUAUCCAGACAAUCUUUGCUUUUUAUGUAUAAAUUAGUUAACAUUGACACUAUUUACCCGAAUGUAUCAUAAAAAUCAAUAUAUUCAAACCUAGUCAUCAUCCCCAUUGUUAAGAGUGAACUAGUCCAUCUUUACUUGGUAAGAAACAAUUUAUAUAAUGAAGCCAAAAAUAAACAUACAAAAUAAAUACUUUUAUUUUAAAA